GCCUUAGGUUAACCGCAGGUGACCGCACCCAACCUCACCCCGCCUCGUUCUUCGAAUGCGCCCCUCGUGCCUCGCCGCGCAUACAAAGCGUCGCCAAGAUCCCGCAUUUUCCGAUCCAAACCCUCGCCGAUGGACCACCCACCGCCGCCGCCGCCGACCGACGGGCGCCGGCCGACGCGGCGCGCGGCGAAGCGCACCAACUAUGACGAGUCCGUCUUCGACGCCCUUCUCCACGACCACCUCGGCGGCUCCCGCCCCCCUCGCCGGCGCAACCGCACCGCGGAGGAGCGCCAGCGCGAGACCGAGACCGAGGCCAUGAUUGCCCUCUCCCUGGGCUUCCCCAUCGACGCCCUCCUCGACGCCGAGGCCGCCGCGGGGGUCGUCCACCCGCCCGGAGACGCCGCCGCGCGGAACGACUACAUCGUCGUCCGUAACCACAUCCUCGCCCGGUGGCGCGCCAACGUGCGCUCCUACCUUUCCAAGUCCGAAAUCAAAGAAACAGUCAGCAGGCAGUACGACCACUUGAUCUCCAGCGCUUACGACUUCCUUUUGGAGCACGGAUACAUCAAUUUCGGCGUGUCGCCCGCCGUCAGGGCCCAGUUCCUCGAUGAGCACGACAAGGGAUCCGUGAUCAUCGUGGGCGCUGGCCUCGCGGGGCUCGCGGCGGCGAGGCAGCUGCUUAGUUUCGGCUUCAAAGUCUUGGUUUUGGAGGGCCGCGACCGGCCGGGCGGCAGAGUCUACACCACAAAGAUGGGCAAACAAGGCAAUUUUGCAUCUGUAGACCUCGGCGGCAGCGUCAUCACCGGCAUUCACGCCAACCCGCUCGGCGUCUUGGCGAGGCAGCUUGGGAUACCUCUUCACAAGAUUAGAGAUUAUUGCCCUCUUUUCAGGCCGGACGGAGGCCAUGUGGACCGGAGUUUGGACGUUGAGGUGGAUUUGGUGUUCAACAAGCUUCUCGAGAACGCUGCUAGAGUGAGGGAGGUGUUAGGAGAGUCCGCCGACGGUAUCUCGCUGGGUUCAGCCAUCGAGCGUCUUCAGUUGUUGUAUGGCGUGGCGAGGAAGACCGAGGAGAGGGAGCUUCUUGAUUGGCACCUCGCUAAUUUGGAGUACGCCAACGCUGGUUGCCUCUCGGAUCUGUCGCUUGCCCAUUGGGACCAGGAUGAUCCAUAUGAGAUGGGUGGUGAUCACUGCUUCCUCGCUGGAGGUAACUGGAGAUUGAUCAAUGCACUCUGUGAGGAUGUGCCUGUCCUGUACAAGAAGAUGGUAACAAGGAUUGCUUAUGGAGGAGGGUUUGUGGAGGUGGUAGUUGCCGGUGGACAAGUCUUUCAGGCUGAUAUGGUGCUCUGCUCCGUUCCACUCGGCGUGUUGAAGAGUGGGACUAUCAAAUUUGACCCAGAAUUGCCUGCUCAGAAAUUGCAGGCAAUUCAAAGAUUGGGAUUUGGCUUGCUAAACAAGGUUGCUAUGAUCUUUCCUUAUGUGUUUUGGGGUGAGGAGAUCGACACAUUUGGAUGUCUCAGCAAGGAUCGAUCUAAGCGUGGUGAAUUUUUCCUUUUCUAUGGCUAUCAUACUGUUUCUGGAGGUGCAGUGCUCAUCGCAUUGGUCGCAGGAGAAGCUGCCUUAAAUUUUGAACAUAGCGAUCCUGUAGCUUCACUUCACAGUGUUCUUGGCAUUCUUAGAGGUAUCUAUGGUCCAAAAGGAGUUUUUGUGCCUGAUCCGAUUCAAACAAUGUGUACAAGAUGGGGUAGCGACCCCCUUUGUUGUGGUUCAUACUCUCAUGUCCGAGUUGGGUCAUCGGGUAGUGAUUACAAUAUCCUUGCAGAGAAUGUUGGGGGUCGGCUAUUUUUCGCAGGGGAAGCUACAAAUAGAGAACAUCCAGCAACGAUGCAUGGUGCCUUCCUUAGCGGUCUAAGAGAAGCUUCAUGCAUUCUUCAGACUUGGAGGAAAAAUUUUAUGGGAAAAUCCGAUUCUAAAAAGUUGUCUCAGAAGAACUUAAGAUCAUACAGUGAAGUGCUUGCAGACUUAUUCAAGGAGCCUGAUUUAGCAUUUGGAGUCUUCUCGUUUGUAUUUGAUCCUUCUGAAGCUGAGGACCCAAAAGCACUAGGUCUGAUGAGAGUCACCUUUGGGAACUACAGCUCGAGAAAAGAACUUGAUGAGCAUAGGCAAUCAUCAGAACCACCGCUUCAAGAAUUCUAUCUAUAUGCUCUUAUAUCUAGAGAGCAAGCACACCAAAUGAAAAUGGUGAGUGACAAUGACAAGGGUAGAUUAGAAUUGUUGUGCAAAAAGUUCGGCAUAAAAUUGAUGGGUUAUACUGAUACAUGUGCUCUUGGUAGUUCCUUGAUUAUUAGCAUUUCUGGUGCACGAAGAGGCCGGAAUCGGAAACUCCAAACCAUGCAUCAGAAAAUUUGGUCUUAGUAUGCUUCAUCCAUGUACGACACCCAUUUACUAACAUAGAUUCCUCGGAGCACAUGCCUCAUCUGCGAUCGUGUUCAACCGAACACACGUGGAAACUAGGUGGAGAAACCCUAUGUACUCUUCUAUUUUGCAAUGUACACUAAUCCAAGUGUUCCAUUCUUUUGAACUGAUGAGAACUAGAUUUUUUUG